GCUCGAGCCCAAGAUGGCCGCCGAGGUGACAGAUACGAGGAGCUGUCAGCCGUAUUCGGGAUCCGCCUAAGUUCCAAGAUCCACGCGGCCGAACCGCGCGUUCGCAUCGCGUUGCGUUGCGUUGCAUUACGAUGCGUGCGCGUACGCGAAAUCCUGGAUUCGGAUCUGUCAGCAUAGAAACUCAUCGACGAUACGACGUGAACGCACAUUGCGUCGUAACUCGUACGUAGAUACAUAGGCAUGUACGUGUGUUAGGUUCCCUCGCGUGCGACCUGCUUUUUUCACGCGAACUCUCGUACACAGUUCCUCGACUCGACUUUCGCCGAGAAUCGUUUCUCUUCUCGCGUCGGUCGACCGUGCCGCGACAUCGGCAACGAAUCCGAUCAAACUCGUCGUAUGGUGAGGCAAGGGUGCUCUGUUUGUCCAUAGAUAUAAUUCGUGCCGUUUUCGAGCAUGGAGGCGAUAGUGGAAUAUAAUUAUGUCGCUCAAGAGGACGAUGAGUUGACGUUGAAGAAGGGUGACAUCAUCACCGGGAUUAAGGUGAUGCUCGGCGGAUGGUGGGAGGGUACCCUGAGGGACAAGCGCGGCAUGUUUCCUGAUAAUUUUGUUAAGGUACUGGCCUCUUCCACAACUGGUAAUGAAACUAGCGGCAGCAGCAGCGAGACUGUAAAUAAUAUAAAGUCUGAGGAAGUUACAUUGAGAAACGGAUCUGGUAGACGUUUCUGUAAGGUUCUCUUUAGUUAUGAACCUUGUAACGAGGAUGAGCUAACUUUAGUGCCGCAAGACUCGAUAGAAUUCUUAGGAGAGGUGGAAGAAGGAUGGUGGAGAGGUCGUCUCAAAGGCAGAAUUGGUGUAUUUCCUUCAAACUUUGUCUCUCCACCUGCUCCUGAAGAACAAGAGAGGCACAAAGAGCGAGACAAGAAAGAAAUGUGUAGAGUACUCUUCCCUUAUGAGGCUGCUAAUGAAGACGAACUUACCCUGGUUGAGGGAGAUAUAAUUACACUUUUAUCCAAGGACGCACCAGACAAGGGUUGGUGGAAAGGAGAAUUAAGAGGACAAGUGGGUUUAUUCCCUGAUAAUUUUGUCGACAUCAUUGGCAUGAAGAAUGAAUCCCAGGAACAAGAAUCCCAAUGGCAUGAAAUAACAUCACUUAAUACAAAAUCAAGUGCUAGACAUUCGCACCAAUUAAAGAAAAUUGAGAAAGCACACGUUAGAAAAAGUCUGGACAGCAGGAAUGUACAUUCGAGUAAUAUAUCAGAUCAUUUCCCCGCCAUAGAUACCACCACUAAAAAGAGCCUAUCGACAUCGUCGUCCACCUCCGUACCAACGUCAUCGUUGACAGCUACCGGAAGUGGAGGUGGUGAUAAGAAAGCGGCCGGCAGCCAUUCGAUUAUAUCAAGCCUGAAGCGUUUCGUGAGCGAUGUGGGGAAUAAUAACGGUAUUGGCAACACAAGUGCCACUUCUGAAUGUCGUGAGGAAUUGGACGGCGUAGAACGAGGAGAGGGUGCACCGCUUUCGCAUUUGACAGCUUCUCGUGCUAAAGCACCUCGGCGACGUCCGCCUUCGUCGCAACGUCUGCGCCAUCAUGCGGCUGAAUCCACCAGCGUAAGCGCAUCCUCGACGCCUCCAGCACUCCCUUCUGUUCCCAGCACUAUUUUGGAAGAUAACUUGUCUAAUGGACGCACUGAAACAAUGCUGGAACAAAUACCGGAUGAGGAAACGGACGGACUUGCUAUAAAAGCCAGGAGAAAAGCACCAUGGGUCGAGGAAUUAAAAAUGAACCAGAUGGAAAGGAGGAAAACCGCCGCUGAUCGAGUCGAUAAGACGGAAGUCAAAAAGGAACGAAAUUUCUCACGAUUAAUGACGCAAGGAAAUGCGGAUUCCGUUAACAAACCGGAUAUCGAUAAUGAUGAUAACAAACAGAAAGAUAAAAGUCCUAGAACUGAUACAAGCCCGCACGCUGACCAUAGUCCUGGUGCAUCAUCCGGACAACCGGCCUACGUCCCAUAUGCUCUCUACAGCAAGCUUUUGGAAAGGGUCGCCGCGUUAGAAGAGAAACAAGCAGUAUUGCAGGUGACGGUAGGGCAGCUCUCCGAACAGCUCGUACUUCUCACAAACGCGUCGAUUAACAGCAAAGUAUAAGAGGCGAAAGAAAAGAAAAUCGAUAAUAUAUUUAUCUGCCUAUAUUAUCACUGUGUUGUUUUCUCAUUAUACAUUAAUGAGAAGGAGACUAAUACUGCUAUACUAGCGUAACAUUUAUUGCUCUAUUACUGUUGUUACAUAUAUAUUUAUUAAUUUGGUAGCAUACGUUUAUUGUUUGCUCCGUUGAUGCAGUAUUCAUGAGGGCCGGUUGAAAAAAACGCACGCAACAUUCCACGUGACAUUCGCUUGCAAAAGUAUUUUUCUUUAACCUGGUUUUCGGUAAUAGAUCUCAUUGUAACUGCCGGAGUUUCUCACUAUCUUAAUAAUCGUAGCUAUUUUAAUGCCUACAAAAUAUUCGAAAACCUCCAUAUAACAGCUAUUUUCCUUGUAAAUUCGCAACACAUAUCAUCUACUUCAAAUCUGCAAAAUGUAUAUUUGCACAUAUUUUAGAUUUUUAUGAACCUUUUCCAUAUUAUCAGUAGCAUGAAAAAAUGCUUGCGACAUAAAGUCUCUAAAAAAAGAAAAAAAAAAGCGCAAGUGUCCUUCCAAGUGCCCGUGUUUUUCUGCCAAUUUGCAUUUUAAUCAUUGUUUUACGUUACUUAUAUUUUUUACGCAUUUAUUUUUU